GGAAACUUACGGUUCUGUUUUGAAAUUACGUUUCGGUUUAAAAAAAAACACAAUGUCAUAAAUAAACAAUAAGUCUAAAAUCAUGUUUUUAAGGCAUGAAAUCUAAAAUUUAAUAAUAAUACAAUAAAGAGAAUAGAAAUAUGCAAGUAUUAAAAUUAAUAGUAUUAAUUGUCUUUAUGCAUUGAAUUUUUAUUAGUGAAAUAGCAUAUGUAUUUAAAUAUAUUGUGUCAGAUAUUUAUGAAAUAUCAAAAAUAAUUAAUUGGAUAAUAGUUUUAUAAUCUUAAUUUAUUUAUAUUCACAAUUAUAAUAUAAAAUCGUUUAAAGUUAUUAUAAAUUAAUAAAUGAUUUCUGUUAAUUUGAACCAUAUACUUUUGGAUGCUUCCAACCUAUCAGUUUCCUAAUUUUGUAAAAAUAAUUAGUUUCUCCACUUCCCCAUACCCGAUUUCUAAUUCAUGUAACAUAACUGAUACUCCAUGCUGAAUUCAAUUUCGCAUCUAAAAAGACUUGUUAUCACAAUGAUUUUCUAUUUUGUAACGUGCAAAUAUCUUCACUGGCAUCAGGAGAUCUAAUUUGAUGGAACAGAGACUCAUAUGCAGUGACGUUUGCGUGCUUCGCGCGCCAUAUAAGCUGUGUGAAUGAAGCAAAAUCGAACCGAGAGAAGAAACCCUAGAUCUCUGUUGCUGCCGCUGACGGGGAGAGGAUUCAUGAUUCUCCCGACUCCUCCUCCAAACCAUUACAUCUGUAUGAGGUAAACUGAUAUCUCUAGUUUUGGACUGGAAGCAAACCUUAUAUUUCUUAUGGAUGAGCUCUAAUUCGAAGUGGAAUCAGCUAUAAUCUGCUUAUGUUUUUCGAAUGUACAUAUUGACUUGGGUGAUGCAUGGAGAAAGAUUAGAUAUGAACCGCUGUGGUAUAAUAAUCUUUAAAGACUUUUAACAAUGAUCUCUCAUCCAUUCCACUCCCUAAAGAAGUUCUUGACUUGCAGAUUUGGUUCAUCAUAUUCAGACAAUGGGUUUGAGAUAUGGCUGAUGUUGCAGGUUUCAAAGUAAUCAGCCACUCUCUUGAGUGCCUGUGGUGAUGAAACGUUAGUGGAGUUGUUCCACCAUCUACUACUAGUCCGGUGAUUUUCAGUGAUAUUUUAUUCUUGAAUUUCUUAUUUCAAAGGAUUAAUUUAUCAGCCAUUUUGGGACUUAUAUGUCCAACACAUAUAACUCUUCAACUUUCUGCGCCAAAGUUAAUGCAUAAUAAGUCAUGUUUAUGUCUACAUUGUUCAUGAGAGAAGCCUUUGCUACCAUGUUUCAAGCCAUAGGAGUUUGCUAUCCAAGGAAGGUCGCUACAGUUCAAUACAGGUAUCUCAGCCUUAAUUUUGAGUUGCUAGCAAAAGUGGAAGAUGCUAAGUUAUAAUAAUAGUCAGAUGUCUUGUUGUUUUCUAGUGCUGCUUGUUAAUACUCCAGUUAAUUUGCAUGUUUGUUUGGUCAUUUACAAAGAGGGUAGGUUCUCCAGAUUUUCUAGUGUCAUGUUGUUGUAAUAACUAGAUAGUUGAAAUAGCAAUGAUCUAGUCCAUGUUGAUUCACCUAAUACAAUAGUUUUUAUCUGAAGGUUAAGUCAAAGAUUUUCUGAAAGAUCUAUCUGCCCACAAAUAUUGUAUAGGGGAAAUUGUCAAAAGUAUAGACUUUAAUUGCAGAAUUUGUUGAUUGUUAUUUCUUUUCACAAUUAUCUUAACUUGGGGUUGGCAUCUGUAAUCACGUGUGCUGUUCACAUUCAUCAGUCUACAUUUUACUUGCAGAUUCUAAUCCUUAAUCUCAAAUGGAGACUACGUCCUCCACUUUCCAGCUUAGCAUCAAUCUUUUUGUGUCUGGAAAAGAUACGGACAAAUUUGAAGCUCUAGGGAAUAGAUUUUCUUAUUGUCUUCUGCUUGAUGCGUGCUGGUGAGGGAAACGAUGAUCUCGAAGAACAUAGCGAAUGGCAUGAGACUCUCUUACGUUUUGAGCUACUGCCCCUUGCCUACGAGCUCAUGGGCUCUCUAUAUGGUGACUUUAAUUUGGGCUUUGUUAGAUCGAGUUUAACAAAUAUGAGGUUAGGGAAUCCUAAGCUUACAAUCUUCUUUAUGUAGUGUAGUGAUCUUCUAAGAUUUGCUGUGAGCUUAAGAUGUGAAUUUUUUUUUCCAUGGCAGAAAUGAAACAAGAUGAAUACUCUAAAGGAGCGCGGAGACACGUAAGAGCUCUGGGAGGGUAAGGGAAAAGAGAUAUAAUCCGUUUGAAACUCCUGGUAAACUAAAAAUUCUGAACUUGUAUAAUUUUCUAAGUCAGAACUUAUUCUUGAGAAAAUAGAGAAACUUAUUUUAUUUUCAUUGUUUUUAAUUUUGUGAAUCUGUUAGAUGCAUUAUGAUGAUUUUGUUUCCUGCAUUCCCUAUUGCUUCGUGUAGACUUGCUGGACAAACUUACUGGUUACAUGCACCCUUUUUAAGUCGUAACUAAGUACGAGCGAGAUUGGCUCUAGUCCUUGGGCAACUUGAUUUGCAGGAGAUACACAUAAAAUACACACUUUAUGUAGUGUUGUUUCUUCUUUGCAUUUAGUGAAACUUCAACCAUGUUACGAUUCCUCUUCAAUUGUUAUAUAUUUUUUUGUUGCUGUAGAUAUAUUUCACUAAAAGAUAGAUGUCAUUGUUGCAUCCAAAGUAAAGUAUUUGUAGAUCGCUCGUGGUCUUGAAUGGCACAUUCUUCUAUUGUUAGCUACCAUGUCUUUUACCGUCUUGACGGUAAAACGAUGUCCACGACCAAAGAAGUUCAGCCACCUAAAAUAGCAUUUAGUGGUUUAUAGUUAACAAAAACAACACUUAAGCCCACGCAUUUAGUCCAUAUAGUAUUAAUUUGACUGACUAAAAUUAAUGGUAGACAUUCUUGUUCUUCCUUUUCAUUUGUCAUAUUCUCGAGGUUUCUUGUGUCACCAAAUGCUCCAGCAAUGUUGGGCGUAACGGUUGGGAAAAGUAUGUACUAAAUUAGUAUUCUAAAUUGAAGAGUAAGCAAGAAGAUUUUGAACGGUGAUUUCUUGUUUCAUUUUAUGGAUUUGAAGAACAUUUUGAUAUCCAAAGAUUAAUGCAUGUUAGUCCACUAUCAAUUUUAUGGAAUUUUAGAGUUGGUUGAAAAAUACUCAGCAACUUCAUAGAUAACUGUUAGAAAAUAGGUUAAAGGUUAAAAAUGUUCAUUUGUGGCAUAGAAAGCCCGAGAUUUUAAACGCCUUGGUCAGAGACUUAGGAGAGCAAUUCAGUUGUUUAGCUGACAUUUACAACCAAAUUGUUUUUUUUAUUAGAGGAAAAGGACGAUUUAAGUGACAUCACAUAUUUCAUAAUUAUUAAGUUUGUAGUCCUUCCUUUAUUUAUUUAGUAUUUUCUGUACCUGCCUCCUCCAUUCGAGACUGUGGUCCAGUCUGCGAGGAACCCUAACUCAACAAGCAAUUCAAAUCCCUCUUUCCCCAAAUUUAAGAAAUAAUUUUGUAAGAAUUCUUCGUUUUCUUAAAACCUUUUUGAAAUUCGUAGGUUUAUCUUGCCUAAGUAUGAUGAUUGGUAGGCUUAAACCGUUCGAAACACAUGGUACAUGAUCCUGGGAUUACCUAGAUUGCAAACGAUGAAAUGAAAGCCAUAAACGAUAACAUACUUAUAAUUAAAUAUAAUCGCUUUCAUUAAUUGGCUUCUGCUAUGGCCACUCUCAUGAUGGUUGUCUUGUUGCGUUAUCUAAGCAAUGUUAAUAUCUCAAGCCUCAUGCAUAUUUGUAUGUUUAUACUUGCAGUGAUGGUAUGUAUAUGAGUCAAAUGACAAUACGGUACUGCACACACUAAGAUACCUUCUGGAAACUGACAGCGUUGAUGCCCUCAUUUGGUAAAAAAUUUCUUGUUUGAUAUUUAUAUGUUUCUUAAUUAGAUUUUGUUUCUUGAUACUAAAUAUAUCUUUAAAUUGAAACUCUGCACGAAACCUGUGAUCUUCAUUAUAUAAGACACAGAAGAAAAAGACAAGAGCUCAAGAUAUGCCGUUGGCUGCAAUACUAAGGCGGACGAAGAAAGUCUUUUAGGUUUCAAAGAUGAUGGAGAUUUAGCUAAUUUUCUGCACCCACCUCUCCCCUAAUUAACCAGCUCCUCCUAAUGGUCAAAAUCGUUCACAUCAAGUCUGUCACCAUCAUCAAUAUUUCUUCACUAGGUACCUUUUCUUCCUAGAAAAAAAGGCAUUUGGGGGUUGCAAAAUCUCGGAUUUGGGCAUAUAUAGGUGAUGGCUACUGAUGAACUGCUUCCCAAAUAAUCCCAAUUAAAAGACAAAUAAGAGAAGAAUUGAUGUGUGUUUGUCCAUUGAAGGCGGCUGCUCCUGAGAUGAUACUGAUGUUGCUCAAGACAAGAAGAAGAAUUUACAUUGAAUGAUUUUUCACACUGGCGAAUAGAAAAGAGACACGUGAUGAGUGGACAUGAAGAGAAAAUGGUGCUAGACGGCUAGGUUUAAUAUAAAUAGAAAUAAGAAGCAGUUGGUGUGGUUGUGAAGGAAGGAGGCAAACGACCAAAUCUCAGAGAAAUAAUAGUAUAGAGGAGGAACAAAGAUUCAGGAGAUCAACGAACAUGGGAAGAUCUCCUUCCAGUGGUGACUCUCGUCUGAAGAAGGGUCCUUGGACUCCUGAUGAAGAUGAGAAACUUGUCAAGUAUGUCAAAAAACAUGGCCAUAGUAGCUGGAGUGCUCUUCCCAAGCUUGCUGGUCUUAAUAGGUGUGGGAAGAGUUGCAGGCUAAGAUGGACGAACUACUUGAGACCUGACAUCAAGCGAGGGAAAUUCUCUCCGGAGGAGGAACAGACUAUCUUGAAUCUUCAUGCAGUUGUUGGAAACAAGUGGUCAACGAUUGCAAACAACUUACCUGGGAGAACAGACAACGAGAUCAAGAAUUUCUGGAACACCCAUUUGAAGAAAAAGCUGAUUCAGAUGGGAGUUGACCCAAUGACUCAUCGCCCAAGAACUGAUGUCUUGUCCAGCUUAUCUCAGCUUAUCUCUCUGUCAUCUAACCUGAGAGGUUUUGUUGAUCAAGAGCAAAUUAUGCUGAAACUCCAAACCGAGAUGGCCAAGCUCGAAUUGUUCCAAUACCUCCUUCAACCACCUUCCAUGUAUAACAACAUUAACCCUAAUGACUUUGACACUCGCAGUCUCCUUAGCUCUAUUGCCUCUACCACCAACAAUAAUCUCAACCUCGGUUCCUAUCUUCAGGACUUCAACAGCUUACCAUCCCUCAAAACCUUAAAUACCAACAUCGGACCAUCAUCUGUUUUCCCCCAAAAUCUUGAUGACAAUCACUUCAAGUUCUUCAAUCAAAGAGAAAACCUACCUGUAUCUCCAAUCUGGCUCUCGGAUCCUUCCAGCUCAAAUCAGAGUUUUUUACCUUCUCUUGAUCCUUCAUAUUCUAUGGCUGAUGAUCUUAUUAGAAACCAAUAUGUUAUUGAAGAUGUCAAUAGCAACCUCACCUCUUCGAGCUGUCAAGAAUCAGGAGCUUCAGUUUCAGCUGCAUGGCCUGAUCAUCUACUGGAUGAUUCCAUAUUUUCCCACAUUCCUUAGCCUUCCUCGUCCUUUCAGGUAUGUUUUGGAGGAACUCAGAAUCGAAUAUGUGCUUGGGAAUGUGCUUGCUGGAGAAUUUAUUCACAUAUAUCUAUCUAUAUAUAUUGUUGGCACAUGAUAUACAUAUGUGCUCAUGUUGUAGAAUGUACAGUAUAGUACAUGUUUCAUAUAUAAUUCAUAUGCGUGUUGUUGUUAUCAAUGAUCUUUAGCAUAUGUUUGUACCCAUCGCCGAGUUUAUAUAUAUCUAUAUAGAGAGAUGAUUUUUGUGAAGGGAGGUCACUUCACUUGUAGUUGUAAUUAGGGUUUUUAAUAAUUAUAUGGAUCUUUUGUUUUACU